AUGGAGCCUUUCGGUAAGUUACGGGUAGAUCUUUCCCCGUGGGAGCUCCGGGAGACAGCCUAUGAGAUCCUCAUCGGAGCAUGCCGGAGCUCUGGCUCGACGAAGCGGCUCAAGUACGUCUCUAAUUCGACAAAUUCAAGGGAGAGAUCGUCUCAGCUAUCCUCGUCGCCGUCGAUGCACAGUGCUCUGUCGUCAUGCGAGAGCAAACUGAAGAAAGCGCUGGGUUUGAAGCCGAAGAAUAAGAAGAGAGAAGAGGAGGAGGAGCCCGGAAGCGAAGGUCAGGGGAAUUCCGGGAGGAGAAGGAUUGGGGUUAUAGGUGGGGAGCUCAUGAGGGUUCAGAUGAGGAUUUCCGAGCAGACGGAUUCUAGGGUACGGCGUGGAUUGUUGAGAGUGGCUGCGGGUCAGCUUGGAAGACGUAUUGAGUCUAUAGUUCUGCCGUUGGAGCUAUUGCAACAGUUGAGAUCUUCAGAUUUUAAUAAUCAGAAAGAAUAUGAGGCAUGGCAGAAAAGAAACUUGAAGGUCCUUGAAGCUGGGCUUCUUGUUCACCCGUACUUGCCUCCUGAUAAGUCAGACACGGCAUCUGAACGCCUUCGACAGCUCUUAUAUACCGCUUCAGUGAAACCCUUUGACACAGGAAAGCACAGUGAAUCGAUGCAUGUUCUCCGCAAUCUUGUUACUUCUAUGGCGUACAGGUCAUUUGAUGGUUUUGUUGCUGAUAUGUGCCACUGGGCGGAUGGGGUUCCUCUAAAUCUCCAUCUUUAUAGGAUACUUUUAGAAGCUUGCUUUGAUGUAAAUGAUGAAACAUCAAUUAUUGAAGAAGUAGAUGAGGUACUAGAUCAAAUAAAGAAGACUUGGGGAGUCUUUGGAAUAGACCAGGUGUUCCAUAAUCUUUGUUUUCUGUGGGUUUUGUUUCACAAGUACAUUACUACUGGUGAAAUUGAAGGUGACCUUCUUGUUGCUGCUGAUCAUAUGAUGGUGGAAGUUGAAAAAGAUGCAAGCGCAACUCGUGAUGUAAAGUACUCGAAGAUAUUAGCUUCUAUAUUGCAUAUGAUGUUAGAUUGGGCCGAAGGAAAGCUUCAAAGGUACCAUGAUAUCUUUUAUAGGGAUAACAUCAGUGUUCUGAAAAAUGUUUUGUCACUUGCGGUAUCAGCAGCCAAAGUAUUGGACAUGUCCCACAAAUAUGGUAAGAACAGUGAAGAAGUCAAUGUGGCCUAUGACAGGGUUGAAUCUUAUAUCAGGUCAUCAAUUCGCAGAGCGUUUUCUCAGGAAACAGAGAAGCUCAUCUCCAAAAAGAAGUUCUCUAAGAAUCAACAGAGCCCUCUCCCUCUCCUUUCCAUCCUUGCCCAGAAUAUUUGUGAUCUGGUAUUCAAUGAGAAGGAAAUUUAUAGCCCUGUACUGAAAAUUUGGCAUCCUCUUGCUACAGCCAUAGCUGUUGCUACCCUUCAUGCUUGCUUUGCAGAAGAGCUUAAGAAAUUUGUGUCGGGUGUGAGUGAACUAAAUCCUGAGGCUAUACAAGUGCUGUUAGCUGCAGAAAAACUUGAAAAAGAUCUUGUAGAAAUGGCAGUUGCAGAUUCACUGGACAGUGAAGAUGGUGGAAAGGCAACAAUUCAGGAGAUGAUUCCUUAUGAAGCUCAGACUGUUAUAAGAAACUUUGUGAAAUCUUGGAUACAGACGAGGGUUGAUAGACUUGGGGAUUGGGUUAACAGAAGUUUGCAACAAGAGGACUGGAACCCUGAUGUUAACAAAGGACGUUUUGCAGCCUCAGCUGUGGAAGUUGUGCGCAUCUUAAACGAGACUUUGGAAGCAUUCUUUCUGUUGCCCAUACCAAUGCAUCCAGUUUUGCUUCCAGAACUGAUGGGUGGUCUAGACACAUGCCUCAAGAACUAUGUCACAAAGGCGAUUUCUGGCUGUGGAUCUCGAGUCACCUAUAUUCCGGCGCUGCCCGCUCUCACGAGAUGCACUGUUGGUUCAAAGUUGAGCGCGUUUAAGAGGAAAGACCGUUUACUGAUGAGCCCGAGCAGGAACAAAUCCGUAUCUGCUCGCAGAAACGGGGACGAUCCCUUUUCCCUACAACGAAUGUGCCUCCGCAUCAACACUUUAUACAACAUCCGGAAAGAGACGGAGGCCAUUGAGAAAAAGACAAUGUUCAACCUGAGGAAAAGUGGAUAUGCCGAUGACGAAAAGGCCGCCAAUGGAAUGUUGGGUCUCUCCGUGGCUUUGUGCCUGGAAGGCGUCCGCCAGCUGUCGGAGGCAACUGCGUACAGAGUCGUUUUCCACGACCUGAGGCAUGUCCUUGGCGACUAUCUGUACAUGGGAGGGAUUUCUUCCUUGCAGAGAAUCGAGCCUUUCCUGGAGGAGCUGGAGAGGAAAUUAGAAGUGGUAUCGGUUAUGGUUCACGACAGAGUGAGGACGCGUGUCAUCACUGACAUCAUGAAAGCUUCAUUUGAGGGUUUCAUGCUGGUGCUGCUUGCCGGCGGGCCUGCCCGUGCUUUCUCCCUGCAGGAUGCAGCAGUGAUUGAGGAGGAUUUCAAGUUGCUGUCGGGUCUGUUCUGGUCCAACGGGGAUGGCCUUCCAGUCGACAUAAUUGAAAAGUUGUCCCCGACCGUGUCCGGAGUUAUUUCCCUCCUACAAACUGCUACGGAUAGGCUGAUAGAGCAGUUGAAACAGAUGACUGCUGCUGGCAACAUGAGGCUGCCGUUGCCACCGACAACGGGCCAGUGGGGUCCCACAGACCCAAACACGAUCCUGCGUGUUCUCUGCAACCGCAAUGACAAGACUGCAUCACAGUUUCUGAAGAAAGCCUAUGGCUUGCCAAAGAAUACGUGA